AUGCUUGGGUUUUUCUGUGCGAUGCCUUCAGUAUUUGGCCUCGUCAACUCGGCUGCCGUCUUCGAAUUCUACAUCUCUGAAAACCAACCUGCCGAUACUCAAUGUGCCAGAUUGGAUGGAUUUUCCGCUUGUAUCUCUUCAUCUUAUUCUUCGUUGGCAUACAAGUUGGUUCUCUUUUCGAUCAAUAUGGCCCCCGUGGGCUUGUUGUCUCGCUGGCGGUCUCUGUAUAUCUGCAAGCCUUCUUCUGUUGAUCUUGUGCAAAGGUUCGUUUCUCCUAUAUCACAAGAGCACAAUGCGGCUGACUUCCAUACGUCAAGUAGAAUAUCAUCAGACUCUUCUGGUGUACUCAAUCGUCGGCGGCUUGGGUGGUGCUCAGCUCAACUCACCAUCCUACGGCGCCAUUGCUCACUUCUUUGA